AUGCUGUUUUCACACUUUGGUUUACUCUGCGCCAGCGUCUUUGUCUCUGGGAGCUCGGACAGCAAUGAUACAGCCACACUGAUCUACCAGUAUGACCCGAUCACCUGGGUCGAGAACCUUGCUGUCCGACCCAACGGUAGCAUCCUUCCGAUCACGACCACAUCACCGCGAUUGAACCAGCUGGAUCCCCGGGCAGGCACAUUGCAAUUAGUCCACGACUUCUCUGACCAUGGCAACGCAAUACAAGGUAUUACGGCCGUGGGGCACGACAGCUACGCAGUCGAUGUCUUGACUUGCAAUAUCACCGCCCUGACUUGUACUUCUGGUAGCGUCACGACGUGGCUUGUCAGCUUCAGCAUUCACCAGCAUGGCAGCGCGGACCACACCGUCACCAUCACAGAAGUCACUCAGUUCCUUCAGGCAGGCUUCCUGAAUGGCAUAGCGGCGCUGAAUUCCGAGACACUGCUGCUCGCAGAUAGCUUUCUCGGUGGCAUCUGGUCCCUUGCAAUAGCCACUGGAGUUAGAUCAUUCCUGUUCACCGACUCGAGCAUGGCACCGACUGCCGAGAUUGGCACUGGCAUUAAUGGCUUGCGCGUGCGCCCGGGUUUACUUUACUACACCACCUCCGCCCAAGGGACCUUUAACGUCCUGCCCAUCGAUCCCAGCACCGGUAAUAAGACUGGAGAGGCGAUUGUCCUCGCAUCCGGCCUCGCUGGUCCGGAUGACUUUGAGAUUAAUGAUGAUACUGGCGAAGCGUAUGUGUGUAAUGGUGCUUUAAACCAGAUACUUCGUAUCCCGAUCGACGAGCGCAACGUCACGGCGAGCGAGCUUGAUGUACUUGCUGAGGUGCCCGGCCCUACAUCUGUCAGAUGGGGUAGCGAAUACUUGGCGCAUGGCGGAGAGCGAUUACGUCAGAAGCUGGUGUACGUCAGCACUGUGGGCGGAUUGGCGCAAUACACUACGCAGAAUGUCACCUUCGGAGGUGCAGUGUAUAGCAUAGCACCCUGA